AUGUUCUAUGAGUCUCUAGCAAAGUCGAAAGGUGAACUUGAUGCUUGCGGAAUAUUGCUGAAGGGAUACGUUUUCGGAAUCUCAAUCGAAGUUUAUGAUUGGCAGGAAUGUUUUUAUAUUUUGAAGAUGUUUCUGAUGCGAACAGCUCAACUGUUAUCAUACCAACAUCUUGUUCAAUGUGCCCAUCGAAGAGCCACAUCAACUAUGGGCAGACAUCUCUUGAACGGAGUCAUCGUCACUGAACUGGCCGGUCUUGCUCCAGUGCCAUUUUGUGGGCUCGUCUUGGCAGAUUUCGGUGCUGAAGUGACCACAGUUAUCCAUCAGAGCGGAAAACAAAUAAUUGAACAGCGACUGACAAGAGGCAAACAACAGAAAGUCGUGAAUCUUAAACGCGCUGAAGGAGUUGAGGAAUUAAGGAAAAUAUGUCGAACAAGCGAUGUGUUGCUUGACCCAUUUCGACCUGGCGUUCUCGAAAAAAUGGACCUCGAUCCGGUCGAUUUGAUCAGGGAUAACAAUAAGCUGAUUGUUGCUCGAAUAAGUGGGUACGGACAGACCGGGGAAUUGGCAUCUCGAGCUGGACACGACAUCAAUUAUGUUUCGUUGUCCGGUAUUCUUCCAACAAUCAAUGGCCACUCAACAAAUCGUUUGCCCUACUGGCCACCGGCGAAUCUUCUCGCCGACUUUGCAGGUGGUGGUCUUAUGGCAGCCUUCGGGAUAAUAGCAGCUUUAUACAACCGUCAACAAAACGGUGGCUCCGGCUGUAUAAUCGAUGUGAGUAUGGUGGAGGGUGUUGCGUACCUGUCGACAUUCAUCACUGCCUAUCAAGACAUCGACAAGAUGUGCAAUGAUCCGUAUGCAUGGUUCUCGGGCAAAUCACCAAUUUAUCGCACAUAUCAAACACUUGACGACAAAUAUGUGGCCGUUGGGGCGAUUGAAAAGAAGUUCGCAGAAACACUUUUCAAAACACUUCAGUUGAAAUCAAAAUUGAUUGAUUUGGAAGAAAGGCCUGAAGUUGUCAACAAUGAGAUGGAAACCACCUUCCGAACAAGGACGAGAGAAGAAUGGACAAAUUUAUUCAAUGGAGUGGACGCUUGCGUGACACCAGUUUUGGAUAUCAAAGAAGUUGCUCUUCUGAAGCAUCAUCAAAUGAGAUCAGCGUUCACCUAUGACAACAACAAAUUCUGGCCUUGUCCUGCACCGAGAUUCUACACCGCAGACGAUUUCGCUCGCUUACGUGAUGGGAAAGUGAAAAAAUGA